CAAGGCUGUUGUAGGCAUGCUGCUUUGUUCAGGUCAUGCAUUGGGAGCAGCUGUUGCGCCUCAGAAAAGCUAAGAUUGAGCGGUUAGAUGUAAGCAGCCUAGCACAAACAUCUAGCGCAGUGGCCUCAAGCACAGACUGCAGCAUCAAUGCUGACUCUGUUGAUGGAACACCAGAUCCCCAGCGCACGAAAGUGGCCAUCACGCACCUGCAGCAGAAGAUCCUGAAGCUAACUGAACAAAUAAAAAUAGAGCAAACAGCUCGGGAUGACAAUGUGGCAGAAUACCUGAAACUAGCAAAUAAUGCUGACAAACAACAGAGUGCCCGCAUCAAACAAGUGUUUGAGAAGAAAAACCAGAAGUCAGCACAAACAAUCCUCCAGUUGCAGAAGAAGCUAGAGCAUUACCAUCGAAAGCUCCGAGAGAUUGAGCAGAAUGGUAUCCCUCGGCAGCCCAAAGAUGUCUUGAGGGAUAUGCACCAGGGACUGAAGGAUGUGGGGGCAAAGGUCACUGGCUUUAGUGAAGGAGUAGUAGAUAGUGUUAAAGGUGGACUUUCCAGCUUCUCCCAGGCAACCCAUUCAGCAGCAGGGGCUGUUGUUUCCAAACCCCGGGAGAUAGCUUCACUCAUCAGGAAUAAAUUUGGGAGUGCAGACAAUAUUGCUAAUUUGAAGGACUCCUUGGAAGAAGGCCAAGAAGAUGGGACUGUGGGAAAGGGAUUAGGUGUUCAUAACUUUCAGUCAAGCCCAAAAUAUGGCAGUGAGGAAGAUUGUUCCAGUGCUACAUCUGGCUCUGUGGGGGCCAAUAGUACUACAGGGUUGCUUGUGGGAGCACCAAGCUCCAAAACAAACACUCUGGAAAUGCAGAGCUCAGGUUUUGAUGCAAUACUUCACGAGAUUCAAGAGAUCAGAGAAAUUCAAGGACGACUAGAGGAAUCCUUUGAGAACCUCAAGAUUCACUAUCAGAGGGAUUAUUCCUUGAUCAUGCAAGCUCUACAGGAAGAGAGAUACCGAUGUGAGCGGCUAGAAGAACAACUGAAUGACCUGACUGAGCUCCACCAGAAUGAGAUCCUCAAUUUAAAGCAGGAAUUGGCCAGCAUGGAAGAAAAAAUCGCUUAUCAGUCCUAUGAGCGAGCCAGAGACAUCCAGGAGGCACUAGAGGCCUGUCAAACCAGAAUCUCCAAGAUGGAACUGCAGCAGCAACAGCAACAAGUUGUCCAGUUAGAAGGCCUUGAAAAUGCCACUGCCCGAAACCUUCUGGGCAAAUUAAUCAACAUCCUCUUGGCAGUCAUGGCUGUUCUGCUGGUCUUUGUCUCCACAGUGGCCAAUUGUGUUGUCCCACUCAUGAAAACACGCAGCAGGACGUUCAGCACUUUAUUUGUAGUGGUCUUCAUUGCCUUUUUGUGGAAGCACUGGGAUGCCCUUACUGGCUAUUUGGACCGGUUCUUCUCACCCCCUAGAUGAUGUCAAGAAGAACUGGCUGUUGCCCCAUCCACUGCUCUGGCAAGUGAGCGUGGCAAAGCAUAGUCAGCAACUCCUUCUUCUGCUGAAGUUUUUAAGUGUCAGAGCGUGAAUUUGUUUACAGUUAACAUAACGUUUUCUCUCUAUGAGACACAUUGGCAAUAGUGUUUUUUAGAUUUUAUUCAAGAGCUCUUUUUUGGCAAAAAUCCUGGACAAUUUUUAUGUAGCAUGGUUCUCUUUGAAUGCAAAUCUUAAUAUUCCUUAAGCAUACAAAAAUAAAACACCAAUACGGAGCACACCCAUGAGCAAUUUAAGUUAUGGCUCGAACUACUGUACUAAAGCUGUUGUAAGGAGAAAACAGUUACAUAAAGCAUAACAGCGAUUAAUCAUAAUGCACAGCGGUACCAUGAUGACCCCAUAAUACUACUGUGAAACCCAACCACAUUCCAUGUCCGAAUGUAUAGCUUCAGGGUGGCUUUCUCUAAAGAAGACCAAUGCAAAGCAUGGAAUUCCCUGGAUCCAUUGCUGGGUUUAUCUGUUGUCCCAGCCUAGUAUCCACAUUCUUUCUGCAAGGCUUGUUCAGCUUUUCAGCUGGGAAUAUGAAGUGGACAGAUUACACUGGAUACAGUUACUGCACAGUUGUACUACAGUAUUUUGAAAUAGUCCUUUAAAUACUUUAAGCAAAAGCCCUUGGUCACACUUUUACUGUUUUUUAAUAUAUGUAUAGUCACAGAUUUAAAAAUCCAAAUGGCAUACUUGAAGAGUGUAAUACUCAAACUCUCAGUGCUUCCUUAUUGUUUCUAAUAGGAUUUUUUAUUAUUCUUAUUGGGGUUUGUUUUUCAGCUUAGUGGUUGGGAGGGUCAUUUUUUCAUUUUAUUUUCUCCUUUGAAAUAAAGAAGUGAUGUUCUUAAAUGAAGAAAUGUGUGAAUAAAUGUGAACUGUCUUGUCCUGAACAAGUUCUGAGAAGAGCAGAAAACAGUUCUAAUAUAUCUUGACUGCACACCCAUACAGAUAUGAUCUGUGUCCUUCUUAACUUGCCAAUGCAGCAUCAUGAAAAGAGAUUCCCUGCCCCCUUUUUAUUAGUCUUUUUAUAGUUUCAUUUCAUUUUCUUUUAUGGGCUGGAGGGAGGAAAAUUAAAAUUUCAUCCCUGGAUUUGUUGCUGAUAUUUAUAUCAGCGUAAGGGAGUGUUUGGCUGUUAUUAAGCAAAAAUGAAAGGUAACUUUGGAAACCAGCUAUGGAAGUGAGCUGAUGUUCUGUUCUGAAAGAAGAAAUUUGUACUUGGGAAUAAUCUCAUUAAUCAUUCAUAGGAUUUAUACUUUCAGUUUAGGCUCCUGUAUGCCAAAGUUAGGGUUGUAACUGGAACAGUUUCUGUUUAGUCAGCUUCAGGUAUAUUGAAAAAGUUACCCUGAGUCUUUAAAGAAAAAGUAGAUACUUGAGGAAUCAUCAAGUCAAAACCCUGAUCCCCUAAACUAGGAGUGGGGAAUGCUUGUAGUUCAGAUCUUGUUGGACUGUAACUCCCAUCAGCGCUUGCCAACAUAGCCAGCAGAAGGAAUUAUGGGAGUUCUGAUCCAGCCAUUUCUGGUGAUCCCUACAUUCUCCAUCUCUGCCUUAGAUAUUCCCAGAGUUAAUUUAGUAUUCAAAUAAACCCUUGAUAACUGAAACCAAAGUUGUGCUAUUAGCAAGCUAACAGUGCUUACUGUUGGUGGGUUUUGUGUUUAGAAGCCCUUUCUGCAUCUUCCCAGUAUGUCCUAGCAAGCACCUCCUUCUCUCUCCAUAAAUUUAAAAAGUUGCAGCUUUCCUCACGGCUGAUUGUAUGUUGCCAAUAAUGGGGGGAACAGAACUGCCAGUGGCUUAUGCCACUUCUCUUCUCACCUCAGUAACUCCUACUUAAUUAUCAUGCAAAGCAGGGACUAGCACAAUGUACCUAUAUAGAUGAUCAUCACAGAUCAUGCCCUGGGCAAGACAUACAUUUGUUUGUAAAAGAAACAGUGUUAAGAGGCAACAUGCCACAUGAGCCUCUACUUUCCCUGGUUUUUGGAAAAAUGUGAACUGGCCAUUGAAUUGUAAGAAUGUCAGUUAUGUUUGUAUGACUCCUCAGCCAUGGUGUCAUGUGUUUCUGGAGCCUUUUCUUAAUAUUGGCCUACAGGGUUUAUAUCUACGGAAUUCAGUUUCAUUUAUAAUUCUUUGUUCUCACUGUGAAAGUGUAAAAAGAAAAAACGUUCAUCUGUGUUGCUGGCAUUUAGUCAUGUAUUUUAAGUCACCUUUAGCUGAUGUUUUGUUCGAGAAUCUGACAGUGCCCAAGUGACCUACAGUGAUGUGUGACAGAGAAUGCGGGAAAUCUUGCUGGUGGGAUUUUACUCUCUCAAACUGUGUUACUGUCUCUUUAGCAUUUUGUAAAUUAGACUUGCCUUUUUGGAUGUUUCCAACCAGUCAGCAACAGAAAACUUUCCUCUAUCCCAAUCAUUAAUUUGAGAGAUCUACAUAUCCUGGCUUUUUCCAAAAUUAUAGUGGAUUGAGUACUCAAGAUUCCUCAUGCCAUUAACAUCACAGCUUGUCACUAAGCAAAUAUUUGGUUUUUUCUCAGAGGAAAUAAAUUAUUCUUAAAACGUUCAUAGCAAAAAAAUUAAUCUUCGUAUGUUCUUAGUAUUGCAGGUGUAGAAUUGGGCCAUUAAUGCUUACCAUGGUCUGCCAUGGCAAUGCUCUGUUGAGUUUAUUCCAACCCUACUCAAUACACUACAGCAUUGGAAGCAUCCCACAGUCUCUAUGCCUCUCUCCAAUUUCAUACAUGAUAUAAUGAUUAAUGCUUCUGGUCCUUCUGAGGGCCCACCACUAAUUCAGAAGGUGAAAUGGGGAGUUACAGGGGUAGGAGGAAGGGCUGCAGGGUACUGUAAGUGAUGCACGCUUUGGACUGCAGCCAGAAGGCUUGGGAUCAGAUGGUUCCACAAGCCUUAGUCUUCAUACCCCUUUCAGAUUUUCCUUAUAGAUAAACUUGCCCACAAAACGAAACCAGUUUGAAACAAAACAUAAAGAAGGGAGUGUGGUUUUGCUCAUUACUCACUAAAAAUACACCUUUAUAUUUCUUCCUGGAAAGAUUCAGUUACAAGUUUUGCAGUCUGAACUUCGCAAACUGCCAUGUUUGCCAGAAGGACAAUGGUUGUUAGAAUCUCUGUUCUCCAAAAUGAUUUCGUGAUGAAGGUCUUUUGGCCUGGGAUUUUAAGUGUUUCUCAGUACUCUCCCAAUUCUAACAUUUCAUUGCCCAUGUUUUGUGAAGUUACAUUCAGUCUCUUGACUAGCCCAACAUAACUCUUGUGCUGUCAUUUUGCCUUUUUUUUUUUGCUAUUAAUCGUACAUUCUUCCUCCUCUUGGUCUGAAGGGCUGUGACUGCAUCAAACUGUUUAACAAAUGUUAAUUGUUUUAAAAUGUGACUUCAGCUUUAAAACUCCCAUUCCCUUUGCAAGUGCUGUUUUCUUUUUCUUGAAGAUGAAGCAUUCCUGAAUGAGUUGUUAAUGGCAGUGUCUGCCAAUGUGUGUUUGUUUGUCUGUGUGGAACAUUCUUAUUAUAUAUUGGUAGUAGUAGCAGCAGCAGCAGUAGGAGUACUGUUGGUGCAGCCCUCUUGAAUUGUGGGACUACACAUUACAAAUGUCCUGUUUGGAUAGUGUGAAGUGUAAUAUAUUAAUCACAUAUCAAGAGAUCACAAAGAGGAGCAAAUAUAACAGAUUGCCUUGAUGGAAAGAGAAGUGGCAAUUCAAUACAUUUUCCAUGGUUCAUAAGAAAUGUCCUUCUGUGCUACCUGACUGUUUAGGAAAGAACUGAAGUCUAAAGUUGCCAUAUUUUGAUUCCCCCCCCUUCACCAAUGUGUUCUCAGUGGGGACUCUAUGACUAAAAUCCUGUUUGUGUAAGUUCUGUGGGGUAAAGCUGAUUACAUCAUCAGACAAGGCAACUUUUUGAAAAGUAAACCUUUUCGCCUUCUGUCACAAAGCCUCAGAAAGUCCUGAGUAAAUCCUUUUCAUCAUUAGAAAGUUGUGGGGACUGAGAAACUUGUGGGGAAAUCUUUAAUUACUGAAAAUUGCCACCACUAGUAAAGUCAUUCUGGCAGUGAUGAUUUUUUGUUUUAAAAAAUCCCUCCUGUCCCUUGGCCCCCACUGGUUCCUAAUAACACAAAGGAUACUUAGGGCACAAAGGGGUCUGGGACAGGAGGUGGAAAUGCAUAAUUUUCAGAAAGUUGUCCAGAUUGAUGUUGUCAUCAGCCUUAGACCACAGAACAUCUAUGAAGAAGAUUUCAGCCAAUAAUACUACAUAGGUUCACAGAUAAUUACAUAAAUAAUGUAAUCCACUAACUCUGUGGACGCCUAAAAUCUGAUUUCAUUGGGGAAUUUGGUUGUUUAAUGCACUGGCCAAAAAUGCACAAUAUUUGAGCUAUUUUGGUGGGGUAGGAUGUUCAGAAACAAAAACUGCAAACAAAAAUAGAAAUCAAGGAACCAGGUGGAGGAAAUGGGGCUGUUUUUUCUUUGUCAGCUCUCUUGCCAGUUCUAAGAGAAUUAUGAAUGUGGAUAAAGAGUUCUGUAUGUGUGUGUGUGUGUUUGUGUUGUGUGUGCCAGCUGGUAUUGUGCAUUAGUAGGCAACUGACAUAGCUGUAAGUGUGGUUUUUAAAAGUAUGAAAUAAAAACUCACUUGCACGGGAUGAAGAGUACAGAAAUGACACUUGUGAAGGUAACACUGUAGUUUAUAGAUCUUUAAGCUGCUAAUUGUUCAGAGGGAUUGAAAUUUGUCUUGUCUGGUAGUCACAGGUUUGCCUGUGAUUCUUAUACUGUACAUAAAAUGAAAUAAAAACCUGAGAUAUUAAA